AUGGAAGCUGAAGUAGCCGGAUUAAAGAAAAGAAUAUUUGAAUUAGAAAAAAAAUUUGGAGUUAUUACAUAUAUUUCAAUAUCUGAUGCUAUUAAUAAAAUUUCUGAAUUCUGGAAAAUUCACAGAAAUAGCUGGGAAGAAUAUAUAACCAAGAGACCAACCCUUCAUGUUCUCAAAGUUCCAGAUGAUCAUAUCCAGGCAACCUCAAUAAAUGCUGCUAAUAUACCAACUCAUCCAAUAACUGGUAGACUACUAUUCUUAUUGCAUAAUUUACCACAAAUCAACAAAAAUGGAGAAACAUGUAAUGGUGGCUUUAUUUCUGAUAUACAAAGUUUUGAAGAAAAAGCAAUGAAAAUGCCUUGGUUUAUUUCACUUGGUACAUCUGGGUCAGGAAAAACACGCAUUAUCUUUGAGUUGUUGUGUAGACAAUAUGUUGACAAUCCAGGUUCGAUGGACUUAGAUAGUGUGGUAGAAGAUAUGUGGUCUGAAUUAAAGGAAAAUGGGAACAAAUCAAAUAGAUCUACAGCAUUCCAAUAUAUUGGACAUAUAUUGGCUGCACGCAUGUUUUUUCUCCAACAAUUUCUUAAGAUGUCUAAUGAGUGUAAUCAAUUUUUUGUGCCACAACAUUGGUUGAUAUUACAGGUUAUACCUUCUGUUAUUAAAUUGACAGCAUCUUCUGGAAAUGGUGAAGUUACAGAUUUUUGGUUAACUGUCUCAAAAAUGUUUCAAAAAAAUUGGAAGUGUUAUCAGAAACGGAUACCAAUAAUAUUUGAUGAAGCACAAGUGGCUCUUGGAACAUAUCAGAAUGUAUUUUCAUUUGCUACAAGUUUUACCCAAAAUGAUGGGAGAUCAUUAUAUUCAUGUUUUCUCAAAACAACAUCUUAUUAUUUCAUCCAAGAUAUUACAUGCACUAUAAUGACUGGCACAGGAAUGCAGCUAGAAGAAAUAAAAAAAGAUACACUAAGUAGCAUUGCAAAACUAGAUGUUAAUGUUAGAAAAGAAUCUUUCUAUAAUGUAAAUAAUACUUUUUCAACCAUUAAAGAAAUGCAAGGGUAUAUUGACCAAUUCUUGUGCUUGUCUGAGGAGGAGGUGAAAAUCAUAUUCAAGUAUUUUCAAGGCUGCUGCCAUUUUAUAGUUAAUUUUAUUGCUUCAGCAUGUAUGGAUGAUAAAAAGUAUACCAACAACUGUGAGGCACUCAAACAUUGGUGUCAGUUCUCAGAAGACAGCAUUAUAGCCAAUCUAUAUGAUGCAGUUGACAAACUCUGA